GCCUGCUCUCCGGCGGAGCUGCGUGAGGCCAGGCCGGCCCCCGGCCCCCCCCUUCCGGCCGCCCCCGCCUCCUGGCCCACGCCCGCCCGCGCUCGGCCCGCCAGCGCCUCCACCCGGCUGGCGGCCCCGCGUCGACGCCGUCCGCCGCCACGCUGCUGACUCCCAUCUCGGGCGCCGUCGGCGGGGUCGCGCUCCGCCGGCCUGCGGAUCCCCCGCCGCCUCCUCCUCAUCUACCUCAACGCCCGUCCCGCUUCGCCCGAGGAGGCGGUCCCCCCCGCAGGCAGUCCGGCUCGCAGGCCGCCGGCGUUGUCAUCCCCCGCGCUCCCUCCCGGCCCUCCCCGGCGCGCAGCCCGGCCGCUCCCCCUCCUCGCUGCGUCCCGAGCGGCCCCGGCGCCGCCACCGCCGCCCCCCCGAGGCCCGGGCUCGCGACGGCCGAGGGCUCCGUCGGCCCAAACCGAGCUGGGCGCCCGCGGCCCGGGUGACGCCUCCGCUCCGCCCCCCUCAGCACCUUCCCCGGCCCCCGACGUUGCGCCCUUUCCUCGCUUCUCUGCGCUCCCCGUCCCCUCUCCGGCCUCUGGUCCCGGCCCCCUCUCUUCUUCCGCAGCCUUCCCUUUGCUCCCUCCCGCCCCCCCCAGCUCCUUGCCUCCAACUCCCUCCCCUUCCACGCCCGCCCUCUCGCCUUCGCCGUCCCAAAGUGGAUUAAUUAUACGCUUUCUGUUUCUCUCUCCGCUGUUCUCUCCCGCUGUGCGCCUGCCCGUCUCUCGCUGUCCUCUCUCUCUCUCUCGCCCUCUCUUCGGCCCCCCCCUUUUCACGUUCACUCUGUCUCUCUCACUAUCUCUGCCCCUCUCUAUCCUUGAUACAACAGCUGACCUCAUUUCCCGAUACCCUUUCCCCCCCUAAAAGUACAACAUCUGGCCCGCCCCAGCCCGCAGACAGCCCGUCCUCCCCAAACAAUCAGACGAGUUUCCCACCCCCCCAAAAAAGCCAUCCCCCCGUUCUGCCCCGUCGCACAUUCGGCCCCCGCGACUCGGCCAGAGCGGCGCUGGCAGAGGAGUGCCCGGCAGGAGGGCCAACGCCCGCUGUUCGGUUUGCAAUACGCAGCAGGGAGGUGGGCGGCCCCUGCGCCGGCUUCCAGACACCAAUGGGGAUCCGAGUGGGAAAGUCGAUGCUGGUGCUGCUCGCCUUCUUGGCCUUCGCCUCGUGCUGCUAUGCUGCUUACCGCCCCAGUGAGACUCUGUGCGGCGGGGAGCUGGUGGACACCCUCCAGUUUGUCUGCGGGGACCGCGGCUUCUACUUCAGCAGGCCGGCAAGCCGCGUGAACCGCCGCAGCCGUGGCAUCGUGGAAGAGUGCUGCUUCCGCAGCUGCGACCUGGCCCUGCUGGAGACCUACUGCGCCACCCCCGCCAAGUCCGAGAGGGACGUGUCGACCCCUCCGACCGUGCUUCCGGACAACUUCCCCAGAUACCCCGUGGGCAAAUUCUUCCAAUAUGACACCUGGAAGCAGUCCGCCCAACGCCUGCGCAGGGGCUUGCCUGCCCUCCUGCGAGCCCGCCGGGGUCGCACGCUCGCCAAGGAGCUGGAGGUGUUCAGAGAGGCCAAGCGUCACCGUCCCCUGAUCGCCCUGCCCACCCAGGACCCCGCCGCCCACGGGGGCGCCUCUCUUGAGGCGUCCGGCCAUCGGAAGUGAGCCAAAUUGUCGUAAUUCUGCAAAGUGGCACCAUCCACUCGUGACCUCCUCUUGACCGGGACCUUUCCAUCAGGUCCCACCUCUGAAACCUCUGUACCGUCCUGUCUGCGGGCUCCCCCGACCUGGCCCCCGUGCCCCAACCUCCCCACGUCAGGCUGGUCUCUCCUCGGCCCCCUCCAUCGGGCUAAGGGAAUCACAACAAAAUCUUUAAAAAUGUACAAAACCAAUUGGCUUUAGCUCUCUCUUCCAAAUUGUCACCCCCAAAUUACCCCCAAAUUACACAACCAAAAUUGCAAUCACAAACGUGUCGGCCCCCUUGAAAUGAAUUGGCUUCUUAGCAACACCGGAAAAGCUAACUAGCUUUCCAGAAAACCCUAAAAAAAAAAUCAAUUAGCUGAAAAAAAAUACUAAAAAUAAAUUGGCUUCAAAACAAUUGGCAAAAUAAAAGAAUUUGGCCCCC